AGCGCUCCGGCGGAAAGCGUCCUUUCGGAGCCGCAGGGACGCUCGACAGGCGCGGAGGCCGGGUUCCCGCCACCGGGAUUUGAGGCGGGGGCGGGGCUGCGCUCCGGGCGCGCACGCGCAGUUCUGCGCCCCGAGCCCUCGGUCCCCGCGCGGCCGCGCGGCUGUGGUGCGACGGGGCUGCGGACCCCUGAGGUAGAACCGACGGUUCCCGGGCGUUGGUUAGCACCUCGGGACGUCGCGUCCAGUUCCGCCCGGGGGCACGAGUGCCGCCCGGUGGUCGGCAGGAGUCGGAAUGCGCUUACUUCAUUUUCAGGUUUUAACCGAAGAGCUCAUUCCCUUCCCUCCGGUCUCGCGUGUGGACGUAAGGACAGUGCUUGCUCGGGUCUCUUCGCUGAUCGUCGGCUACUAAUUAUUAAGCUCCUUCUUCGAGCCUCCGUUCUUGGCUCGGCCCUUCGUGCUGCCACAAGUUACCGUAAAAAAAAAAACAAAAACAAACAUCGAUCUGGUCAUUUCAGAUGAAAUUUACAACUCCCCUUUGGCCGCUCACAGACCCAGAUCCUUGCUGGCGUCCGCGGCCCUUCACAGCCCGAUCCUCUCAGCCUCCUUUUCUAAAGCUCCCUGACGUUUUUCCUGUGUCGUUCCCUCCACGCCCAGCCUCGUGGUAGAGCCGUGUCUGCGUUGUGUCCUUUCGUGCCUUGGUGCCUGUGCUGCUGCCCUGCCCUCUGCCUGAAGUUCUGGUCACUUCCCUGCUAGAUGAACUUCUCUUUCAGGACUGAGCCAACUUGUUCCUCUGAAAACCUCUAUUUCUGGCCCCCCACUGCCCACCCUCCCUGGCCAAACACUUCUUUCUUUGUGUUCUUGAAGUGUAUAUGGUACCUCCGGCUCGGUGGCCCUGAUGAUAGUAAAAGGUCCCUGAGCCCAAACAGGUACUGUACGCUUACGCUGUGCUCAGUGACAGGUGGACAGAUGAAUAGGACAGAGUUCCUGAGCUUCUGGAUGGAAGAACACAUGUAAAUGAGUCCUUUGCAGUUACUGGGUGACAAGUCUGCCCUCACUUCCUCACUCCUCUCACUUUGUACUCUCUGGAGUAAGCUUAUUUACUGCCACAAUUUCACACACCUUCUUGUAUUCUGAUGCCUCCAAAUCUCCAGCUCCAACCUCUCCUUCCUCAAUUUCAGAACUUGUCCACUUCAGUUCCAGUUUAGAAAACCUUCGUUGAUCAUUUACAUUGUGCUGGUCACAAAGAUUCCUGAUCUUAAGGAGUAAUUCAGAGCGGUUGCUAACAGGAGAUUGAGUUAGGAUCACCAGAUGAGCAUUUUCGAAACACUGUCACCCAAGCCCCACCCACUGUAAAUUUUGAUUUAGUAACUAGACUCUGAAAAUUCAAAGAUGAAUGAAUGAGAAAUACUUUAUGCUCUCAGGGAAUUUGAGGCUAAGGAAUUUGAAAGACAGGCCUUUCAAACCAUCUGUAUUACAUAUAACAUCUGUAAAUGCCAUGAUGGAAGUAUAUUUAUGGCACAAAGUAAGACACAAAGGAUAGAGAGGUCUCUUCUGUAUGGAAAAGUCAGGAGGAAGAACCAUUUGGUCAGAGUCUUAAAAGAAAAAAGGAAAAACUCCAGGGCAUUCAGGAGAAAAGAGUAACUUGAGAGAGCAGCUUCAAUGUAACCAGCAGGGAGAUUAUGAAGGAUCUUGCAUGUAGGCAUAUGCAGCUUUAGUUUUGUAUUGCAAAUAAUUCCAAUAGUACUAAAAUGAAAGGGAAAUAUUUCUCCUAUCAUAGCUCCCCCCCCCUCUUCUCCCCAGAGACAAUCCCCAUGAAGUUUCAUAUGUAUACAUUGAAGGUUUUUAAGCACGGUAGUUAUAUGGCCAAAUCUAGUAACCAGUUUGUGAAUAGAUUUAAGAGAACAAGACUGGAAACUGGAAAGGAAAUUAGGAAGUGGUUGACUUAUUUAAGCUAGAGAUAUUCAGGGUCUGAACAAAGGCAGUAGCAAUGGGGCUUUUAUAGGGGCUGGAUAGGAGAGCUUAAGAAAGUAGAAUUAGCCUGAGGUAUCUAGCAUGACGCCUAGCUUUCCUAUGUGAAUGACUAAGUAGAUAGUGUCAGUACCUAAAGAGAUCCAAAAUAGAAGUAGAAAAAAAAUAGAAGUAGAGACAAAUUUUGGGAGAAAGAUAUUCCAUUUUGGACGUAUUUAGUGUGAAGCUCCAAUGAGACAUAAAGAUGGAGAAUGCUAUUUAUUAGUGAAACAGAUUUUGACACCAUGAGAACUCAGUAUGGCAAGCAUACAGAUUUGCUGUCUGAUGACUCAGAGAUGGUAGUUGAAGACAUGGGAAUGGAGGAGUUUGCCCAAGGAAGCUAUGUAGAGUAAGGCAGGAAGAAAACUAAAGAUGAAGGCCUGCAAACAUCUGUGCUUAAGAAGGAAAGAAGGAGAAGCCAGUAGGGGGUCAAAGAAAGGUUUUGUUUUAUGUUGGGUUUUUUUCUUCCCUGAGAUGGAAGAGUUUGGAGCACUGACAUGGGGAUGGGCCAACAUAAAGAGAAGAUUGGAAACAAAUGAGAAAUGAACAACCGGGCCACCUGGCUGGCUCAGUUGAUACAGCAUGCUGACUCUUGAUCUCAGGGUGGUGAGUUCAGGUCCCGCAUUGGGUGCAGAGAUUACUUUAAAAAAAUAAAUAAAUAAAAUAGAAUCUUAAAAAGAAAAAGAAAUGAACAACCAGCUAAAGGCCAGGAAGUGAUUGAUAAAUUGCAAAUAGAGGGCUUAGAUUAGAAGCAAAAAAGUCCAAGUCAGCAUUUGAAAUAUGUAUGGUUUUAGGCUUGGAUGGAGAAAGUUGAAAGAAUUCUUCCUUGUCUGAUGACCUCAGUUGUUCCUAAGAGGAAAAGAGCUGAGAGUUCUGGGAAGCAAUGGAGCAGAGGGGCUUGAGGAUAACAGUGAAAGCUAGAAACAGUUGUUCCUGGGGAAAGAGAAGAGGAAGUGAACCAGGAACAUUAAAAAUGAUUUGCUGGGCCAGGCUGAGGGCCCUGCUCAGGUUGGAGACCACACAGUAGUUGUGUAUCGUUCUGCAGGGUUUGGUUUACUUCAGCAAAUCUGAGUCAAGAUUUAAGUUCAGGGCAGCCCCGGUGGCACAGCGGUUUAGCGCCGUCUUCAGCCCAGGGUGUGAUCCUGGAGACCUGGGAUCGAGUCCCACGUCAGGCUCCCUGCAUGGGGCCUGCUUCUCCCUCUGCCUAUGUCUCUGCCUCUCUCUCUCUGUCUGUCGUGAAUUAUUAAAAAAAAAAAAAAAAAAAGAUUUAAGUUCAACAGUCUAGAAAGUGGAUGGCUGGAUUGAUCUGAGGUUGGCAUCUUUUGCAGGGUGAAUGCAGUGAAAGGAAAAAGAUUGACACCUCACAGAGGGUGAUGAGUAGUGAUACAGUAGUAGGUUAUGUGAUACUGCUUGUGUGACCCCAAUUUGAUCAUUUUGUUUUUCAGCUCAAUCUUCAGCAACUUUGUGAUUUUUGUUUUUUUGUUUUUUGGUGUUUGUGUGUGUGUGUGUGUGUGUGUGUGUGUGUGUGUGAUUUUUGUUUAAAUACUUGAAUUGACAGACAAAGACAAGAUUGUCCCAUAAAGUCAGUUCCAUCCCCUCCUUUCUACUGCUUUCCUGUGUUUCAGCUACCCAAAGUGGCUCCCUCUCUGCUCUUGCUCUGUCAGUUCUCUGCUAAAUGCCCCACCUCCUCGCAGCUGCCUGAAUACUAUGGAGCCUUCAGAGGCCCAGAUCUCACCACACUUCCUCUGACCAAACUCCUUGACCACUUGAACCUGAAAAAAGCCCUAGUUUUUCAGAAUAUUUUUUUUCAAUAUCACUUAGUUAGAACUUGUGCAGACUUUGUCUUUUACAUGGUUUCUUUUAUAUUAGAUGGGUUUUACUUCUUCAACUAAAUUUCGAUUUCUUUAGCACUUGCACAACAUUUCUCUUUUCGCCUUGGGGGCUUAUCGUGAGCAUUUAGUGACAAAUGAUAGAGUCCAAUAGGCAGAGAAGAAAUUAACAUUUCAAGAAUUCUUACUUUGUGCUCAGCAUUCAGAAAGGUGCCUGGUAUCAGUGAGUGCUUCUCAAACUAUCUUGGUAAAUGACCAGGUAGGUUUUUCCCCCCUCGAAGGUGUUACCAAUCAGUACCCCCCCACCAGGUUUUACUGAGCUAUAAUUGAUAUAUAAAGUACUUUUCUAAAAAUGCUUUUGUAAAACACUGGAACUAUUUAAUUACUACUGAUAAUUCAAAUAGUACUAAAUGUUUCUCCUACUCUAGGUGAUACCCUCCCCCCCAUCCCCGCCAAUUCUCCCCGCACACAAUCAUUUUGAAGUUUCUUAUGUAUCUGUUGAAGGGUUUUAGGUAGGGUAGUUACAUGGUCAAAUCUGGUAACCAUAGUAGGGUAGACUUAAGAGAACUAAAACAGGAAAAGAAGUUAGGAAGCACUUGAGUAAUCUAAGCUAGAAAUAUUCAGGACCUGAACUAAAUUAAAUUACUAAAAAUACAACAUGAAAAAAACAUAUACAAAAUGUAGACUUUAAAAUUAUUAGAUUCACGGGGCACCUGGGUGGCGCAGUUGGUUAAGCGAUUGACUCCGUUUCAGCUCAGGGUGGUGAUCGAGUCCCGAGGUGGGCUCUGUUCUCAGAGCAGGGUCUGCUUAGGACUCUCUCUCCUUUUGCCCCUCCCUACUCUCUCUCUCUCAAAUAAAUAAAUAAAUAUUUAAAAAAAUUAUUAGGGGCACCUGGGUGGCUCAAUUCGUUGGACAUCUGCCUUCGGCUCAGGUCAUUAUCCCGAGGUCCUGGGAUCAAGCCCUGCUCAGCCAGGAGCCCGCUUCUCCCUCUCAUCCUUGCUCAUGCUAUCUCUCUCUCUCUCUCACUCAAAUAAAUAAAUAAAUAAAUAAAUAAAUAAAUAAAUAAACUUUAAAAAAUUUAUUAGAUUCAACAAACAUUAAUUCUUACCUUGCUAUAAGAUGUUCUAAAUGCUUAUGCUUUUGUGUCCAUAUUUGAUGCAGACAAACAUGUGGACCCGCAGUGGUCUGCAUACCAUGCUUUGAGUAGCACUGCUUUCCAUCCAGGAUGUCAUUUAAACUUCCUUAUUUAUUAUUUUCUCAGUAUACUGAGGUUUAGGUUAAGCCACAAAGUCAAGAUCACCAAUUUAGUACUAGACAGCUGGAAUCCAAAUGCCAAAUGUCAUUCUCUUCAUACUAGUGAUUCUCAAAGCUGGUUCUUAGAGUUGGUUUGGGGAAGAGUUUUUUGUUUGGUUUUGUUUUCCAGAAGUGAGUUAGUUUUCUAUUUUCAAUAGCAAGUGUAUUUAAUAUUUUAUCCUUUGUGGAUUUUGGGGGGAUUUUUGUUUGUUUGGUUGGUUCUUGCAUUUUGAGGCCUACAAGUAUUAGUUUCAGAGGAAUAUUGGUUCGUCUGAACCACUUGGUACUUAGUGGAGUGGGAGAAGUAACUAACAUCCCUUUAAAUGUCCAGGUCUGCUGAGUCUAAGGUGUUUAACAAAGUUCCCAUCUGUCCAUGAUGAAAUUUGAAAGUAAAAUAUAAUUGGCUUUUUCAUAAAUUCUGGUUUAUUAAACUUAAUGGACUGUAUCCUGAGAUUUUGUUCUUAGUUUUUGUUUUUGUUUUAUGUUUAAAUAGUGAAAAUAGAAUAUAUAGUAAUGGUAUGGGAUUGUUUUUGUAACAGCUUUAUUGAGAUAUAAUUUACAGACCAUAAACUUUACCCAUUUAAAGUGUUCAGUGUGCAGAGUUGUAUAACCAUUAGCACUAUCUAACACUGGAGUUUUUUUCAUCACCCCCUAAAGAAACCCUGUAUGUACCUACUAGCUGUGUUCCACCUCUCCUUCUCCCAGCUCUGGCAGCCACUGAUCUACUUUGUGUCUCCAUGGAUUUGCCUAUUCUGGACAUUUCAUACUACAUGGAAUCAUAUAGUAUGUAAUCUUUUGUGUUUGGCUUCUUUCACUGAAAAUAAUGUUUCAUCCAUAUCAUAGCAUGUAUCAGCACUUUGUUCCUUUUGUAUUGUCAAGUAUUCCAUUGUAUAGAUAUACCACUUUUUGUUUAUUCAUCAGUUGAUGGACAUUUUUUUUCCCCACAUUGUGACUACUAUAAAUAAUGCUGCUAUGAACAUUCAUGUACACGCUUUCGUGUGGACAUACUUUUUAAUUCUCUCAGAUAAAUACCUAAGAGUGGAAUUGCUGGGUCUUAUGAUAAUUCUGUGUUUAAUAUUUUGAGGAAUUGCCUAUUUCCCACAGCAGCUGAACUGUUUUAUAGUCAGCAAUAUAUGAAGAAUGUGUGUGUCAGUGUCCUUGAGUUACAAAAUUUAAAGUUGGCAACCUUAUAUUAGUCUCCUUAAAUUAAAAAAAAAAAAAGACCCAUUUAUGAAAUCCAAAAGUUUGGAAACCACAGCAUUUCACAAAACAAACAAGUCAAAAAAAAACCCCAAAACCUAUCCAGGAGUUUAUUGAUGAAAAAAAAAAAAAAGAAUUUCUUUCUUUUCUAUCGGUUCUUUGGCAAGCUUGAAUGGCUGGUUUUCCUGUUUUGCCUCUGUUGUGACUGAAAGAGGCAGCAUGGAGGGAAUUGCUUUCAAAGCAGAAAAUUCAGGAAGCAUAAUAAAGUGCUCUGAUUAGAACAAAGAGAAAUUACAGACUUGUGUUUAUUUAUUCUGUCCCAUGCCUGGAAAUAGUGCAUGUGGUUUCUCCUUUUGCGUCUUUGCUGGAGGAGAGGAUUUAGUUAACUAUAGUGAGACCCUACUCUCUUGUCUGUGCAUCAGAAUUAACCUUUUCUUUUUUAAGUCUUUUUUAAGAUUUAAUUAAUUUAUUUUAGAUUUAAUUUAUUUAUUCAUGAGACACCGAGAGAGAGAGAGAGGCACAGACACAGGCAGAGGGAGAAGCAGGCUCCAUUCCAUGCAGGGAACCUGACAUGGGACUCAAUUCUGGGACCCCAGGACCACACCCUGAGCUGAAGCAGAUGCCCCCAGAAUUAACCUUUCAUGUUCACAGAAACACAAGAAUUUGAGCUGUUUCAAAACUCAUUUACCAUGUGAGAUAAAAAAUAAUAAGACAAAAACACAAAGAUGAAGAGCUGCAGGAAGAGACAAAAGGGAAUUUUGGGAGAAGAGAUGAGUCAGGUUCCUGCAUCUCUGUGAAUUGAAUCAGUGAACAGACAAGGACUCUCAGUCUACCAGCCCAGCUGCCCUCAUUCCUUCUGAAGGAUGGUUGGAAGGAGACCUCGGGCUGGGAGACACAGGGUGGAAGGGAAAGCCUGCGAGUUCAGCAGUGACUACCUUUGCUGGAUUUUUUUUAAGAUUUUAUUUAUUUAUUCAUGAGAGACACUGUAGAGAGGCAGAGACACAGGGGAGAAGCAGGCUCCAUGCAGGGAGCCCGAUGUGGAUUGCAACAUGAGCUGAAAGCAGACGCUCAACCACUGAGCUACCCGCGUGCCCCUACCUUGCUGUUUUUAUUGAAAAGUACCAUGUCACCCCAAGAAUUGAAAACAGUACCUAUAAAUAUAUAUAUAUAUAUUAUUUAUUUAUUAGAGCACGCAGGAGCAAGCAAGGGGAGGGGAAGCAGAGGGAGAGGGAGAAGCAGACUCCCCCCUGAGCAGGGAGCUCCAUACAGGCUCAAUCCCAGGACCCCAGGAUCAUGACAUGAGCCCAAGGCAGAUGCUUAACCGACAGCCACCCAGGCACCCCUGAAUACCUUUAUUUUGAAAUGUAAGAUACAUCUUUAUUAUUAAUUUCCAAGAUCUCUCUUCUGCCUCAGAUCAUUCACAUUUUUAUAUGGUUGUUAUUGUGAACAUCCUAUUUUAAGUGCCUUUAUUUAUUUAUUUAUUACAAUUUAUUUGAGAGAGAGAGAGAGUGCGUAUAAGGGGAGGAACAGAGGGAGAGAAAAUCUCAAAGCAAACUCCGUGCUGAGUGCAGAGCCAUGCUGGGACCCUGAGAGAGGGUCCCAGGACCAGAGCUGAGAGAGUCGGCCACUUAACCAACUCACCCAGGCACCCCAUGUGCCCUUUUUUAAUAUAAGCUUUUGAAUUUUAGCGUGCAGUUAGUUUUUAUAUGACAUAUUGUUUACUGAUAUUCCCAGGUUUUCCUAGCUGUUCCUCAAGCUUGGGAUAUCUGGCUUGUUUCUAAGCCUUUACCUUUAAAGGUAACUCAUCUAUAAACAUCUUACUGAAGUGUUCCUUCUCUCUGAGCUUCUGUUUCUUCAUCUGUAAAAUGGAAAUGAUUGUAUCUAUCACUUAGAACUGUCAUGAGGUUCAAAGUGUAAUAAAGCAAGGGAUCCCUGGGUGGCCCAGCGGUUUAGCGCCUGCCUUUGGCCCAGGGUGUGCUCCUGGAAUCCCAGGAUCAAGUCCCACAUCAGGCUCCCUGCAUGGAGCCUGCUUCUCCCUCUGCCUGCUUCUCCCUCUGCCUCUGCUUCUCCCUCUGUCUCUCUGCCCCUCUCUCUCUCCCUCUGUGUGUCUCUCAUGCAUUAAAAAAAAAAAAAAAUCAGUGAUUCAUAAGUGUCAGUGAGUGGAACAGUACUAGUCUAUAAUAAUGUUUCUAUCAACCUGAAGUCAAAUGAGAAACAGAAGGACAACAUAGGGAGUUUUUCAUAAAGACUUGUUUAUAUACUUUAAAAGAAAGGGAAAGGGCAUAGCUGAGAUUAUAUCAUAUCUACUUUUUGUGUGUGUGUUAAGCUGUUUCUUUUAUGAAACAUUGGUGUUAAUAGACGUUAGUGGGGUUUUUAAAAAGUGUUUGUUUUUAUUUUUAAUAUCAAUGUCUUUAUUUUUUAUUUUUUUAAUUUAUGAUAGUCACACACACAGAGAGAGAGAGAGGCAGAGACACAGGCAGAGGGAUAAGCAGGCUCCAUGCACCGGGAGCCCGACGUGGGAUUCGAUCCCGGGUCUCCAGGAUUGCGCCCUGGGCCAAAGGCAGGCGCCAAACCACUGCGCCACCCAGGGAUCCCAAUAUCAAUGUCUUUAAUAUGCUUACCAGUCAAGAGGCUUCUCCAGUCUGGGGGAAAUAUAUACUGGUACAUGAAAUCAUGAAGCAUGGGAACUGCUGAUUUUUAUUUUAACUUUGUAUAUCCAUCAGAGCUUACAGCAUGCUGUGAUAGAACUCACUGGAUUCUCACAGUAUAAUAACCAUAUAAUGGAAGUGGGAUCCUGCGGGGGGCAGACACUAAGAUGGAGUCAGGAGUGCUUGUGAUAGAUCAAAGGGGGAGUGAGUUUGGGGGCAACCAGAGCCUCCCUGCCCCGCCCCCCCCCCACUCCCCCUGGCUGCUCUGCCAGUCUCAGCCAAGCCAAUGAGAAACUCAGAAGCAAGGGUUGCCUGGUAGAGGAGUCCUUGUUGGACAGAAAUGGCUAUGCCCCAGGACCCCUGUGCUUAUCAUUAGCUGAGGGGCUUCCCUGGAAGCAGAGUGGAGGUGGAUCCUGGAGGUCUGUCAGCAAGCCACAUUCUCUGCAGCUGAAUGACAGGGUCUUUCUUGAAGAGAAGUAUCUGAGUGAGCAACUCUGUGGCCGCCACAGCAUCCUUUCUGUGACUGACUUGGUGAAAAGCAGAGGGAGGCAUUGAAGCCAGGACUCUUACCCCAUGGUGUGGCCGUCGUACUGUUGUUCUUUGUGUUAAGUUUUUCCUGAAUGAUUCUCACAUGAAAGAAGUUCAGUGCGUUCAGAAAUGUGUAAGCUAACACUUAGCAGAGGAGGAGAAGACGAUCAGAUUGUAAGCGGUCUAGGAGAGAUGAGACCAGAUAGACAAAAUGAGUAGCUUCCAAUUAAAUGAAUGAGAAGAGUGAACUAUAAGUUUUCUGUCCCCUGGGUGAUUUUUUCUAUUAUUAAAAAUUUUUUAAAGACUUUAUUUAUUUGACAAAGAGCGCAAGCAGGAGGAGCUGCAGGCAGAGGCAGAAGGAGAGGGAGAAGCAGUCUCCUUGCUGAGCAGGAUGCCUCAUGUGGAGCUCAAUCCCAGGACCCUGGCUGGGAUCACGACCCCAGCCAAAGGCAGACACCCAACUAACUGAGCCACCUGGCACCCCUGGAUGACUCUUAAGAGCGUGUUUCCACCGGGAACGGCUAAAACACCUGGGAGAACUCUUUGAUUGCAGUUCUAACAAGUAGGCCCCAGAGCGCCAGCUUGCUUCGUGACCUGGGACCCAUUUCUUCCUCUGCUUUGUGUGUUACUUUCUGUUUUUUUGUCAAAACUGCACGGGAUUAGGACCCGAAGUCCUGGGUGUCUUACCUAACCUCUUCCCUUCUCAAGUCUGCAAGGACUGCUCUUUACCCAUCUCCUUUCACCUCCCCCUCUUAGGUCGGUAGCCAGGUAAACAGGUAGCCAUUACUAUCUCGCUAUUUUUGCCUUUUAGGUAAGGUGAUAUGUUGGAAGCGGAUGUCUGAAUACUCUCCUGGAGCCAAUUUUACAAAUAUUGACUCUUUACAUAGGCUUGGUCUACAGUCUACAAAGAUAGAGGGGAAGCGGAGCUAGGACUGUAUGAGAUCAUCUGCCUUAGAGCCUCCCAGAUGUGGCUUUGUCUCUAUUAUUAGAAGACUUAAUCAUGUCACAGUUUUUAGUACCAGAGUGUGAUGCUGUGUCUUAUUUUGAGGAGGAUAUGCCGACUCAACAUCUUUACUGACAGUUCUGCUGUUUUCUUUUGUUAGCUUCCUGCUACCACUUGGAGAGAGCAUACAGGGAAGCCCUUCACUCUGUGUGUAUAUGUGUUUGUGCGCGUGUGUGCACAUGUGUGUGUGCGCACAUAUGUAAACACACCAGUGAUCUAGCUGAAAAAGAUGGUUAUGUCUAAGGGGAGAAUCAGAGACCCCCCUACCACAUGGAGUCCAGGUCUGAGGGUCUAGAGGUCCCAUGAGAGAGGGGAUUGAAGAGAAGUCUGCCUUCAGACUUCUUGGUCAUUCGGUGCUUUACAGCUCUCUCUUGCUGGGCUGAGCAUUCAGAAAGUAGAGUAGCACUGGGUGGGGGUAGAAGGAUAGCAGAUAACCUAGAGAAGUAGACCAAUUACAUAAAUGCAAGGAGAUAACACCAGACAUUAAACCAUGGUCCUUUGGACACAACUCAUUUACUCUUGGGGAACAGGGUGGAGUCAGGGGCUAGAGGUAGGGCCUAGAGGAGCAGGGAAAGGUCUUUAUAGAGGAAGCCACCAAGGGCUGAGAGCAGUAUUGCUGAAUAUGCUAAGAGGACGAGACUGACAGAUGUUCCCAGUUUUUCACAGGAACAGGUUAGUGGAUAUAAUGUGUUUGUGUGUGUAUCUGCGUUAUUAGGGUCAGGUUCUGAAACAUCCAAGAUUCUGGAUCUCCGCCUACUUGGUUAUCUGAUGAAGGUUUAGGGAUCUUCAUCAAAAGGGACAAGUUUCAGGGGAUCCCUGGGUGGCUCAGUGGUUUGGCGCCCACCUUCGGCCCAGAGUGUGAUUCUGGAGUCCUGGGAUCGAGUCCCACGUUGGGCUCUCUGCAUGGAGCCUGCUUCUCCCUCCGUCUGUAUCUCUGCCUCUUUCUCUCUCUGUCUCUCUUGGAUGAGUAAAUAAAAUCCUUAAAAAAAGGGGGGGGGGCAAGUUUCAGAAAAGGAGGAUGGUUCUUCUGGGGAGAGUGAAGGGAUUUUAACCGGUUCCCAUUUAAUACUUUUCCUCACCCAUUCCGUUAGACACUAGUUUCUACUAAGAUCCCCAAAAUUUAAGAGUAACUUUGAGGAGGAGAGGGAAGGAAUUUUCUCUCCGCCUCCCCAGUGCCUCAGAAGCCUCAGGACUCCAAGGAGUGUCAGAUUCUAAGUAGAAGCACUGAAUGAUCGAUGCUGGUUUCCUAGCCCUAGAGCUGUAACUGGGUGUGUAAGGGCUGGGGAAGGGGGAGGAGGCCUGACAGGAGACGGGGGAUCAUUUUCCCCCCUUCCUCCAAAAGGCUACAGAGCCCCCUGAGGGUAAAAGUCUCAGAGUUGAUGCCUUUCUCUAGCCGCCCUUUUUUUCUAUGCAUUAUCUUGACUCUGAAACAGACCAUUUCCAUAGUUUUAGAUCCAAGUUGCAGUAUGGAGCAGGUGCUUAAUUCUCAGGCUUGGAGUUUCCUUGGAUUUGAUUAGGAAGAAGCCUUAAUGUAAGCAUUUAAGCUUUCCCUGGGACUAGGAAUAGCACUUUUGGUUUGUUGUUGUUGUUGUUGUUUUUAAAGAUUUUAUUUAUUCAUUCCUGAGAGACACAGCGAGAGACGCAGAGACAUAGUCAGAAGCAAGCUCCAUGCAGGGAGCCCGACACGGGACUCGAUCCCAGAACUGUGGGAUCACAACCUGAGCCAAAGGCAGACGCUUAACCGGCCUCAUCAUUUCUGUGUCCUGUCUCCACCUACCUUACGUCUGUCUCUCUCGGCUGGUCCACUGGUGUAUGGACUUGAACAUGAUGAAUUGUGAACUUCUAGCCACAUGUAGUGCCCUUGGGUACUUAGAAGGAGACACUUACCACAAGGAACCAGAUUGCUUAGAGAGCGUGAAGGAUUUGAUCCGCUACUUGAGGCAUGAGGAUGACACUCGUGAUGUGCGGCAGCAGCUGGGGGCAGCCCAGAUCCUGCAGAGCGACCUUCUGCCCAUCCUUACCCAACACCGCCAGGACAAGCCUCUUUUUGAUGCUGUUAUCAGGCUGAUGGUGAACUUGACACAACCAGCCUUGCUCUGUUUUGGCAGUGUGCCCAAGGAGCCUAGCUUACGGCACCAUUUUCUGCAGGUGUUAGCUUACUUGCAGGCCUACAAAGAGGCCUUUGCCAGUGAGAAGGCUUUUGGAGUCCUCAGUGAAACUUUGUAUGAGCUGCUGCAGCUGGGCUGGGAGGAACGGCAGGAGGAAGACAACUUGCUGAUUGAACGGAUCCUGCUGCUGGUCAGAAAUAUUCUCCAUGUUCCAACCGACCUUGAUCAGGAGAAGAGGAUCGACGAUGAAGCCAGUGUCCAUGACCAGCUUCUCUGGGCGGUUCACCUCAGUGGCCUGGAUGACCUGCUUCUCUUUCUGGCCAGCUCGCCUGCGGAGCAGCAGUGGAGUCUGCAUGUGCUAGAGAUCAUCUCGCUUAUGUUUCGUGACCAGAACCCUGAACAGCUGGCAGGAGUAGGACAGGGACGCCUAGCGCAGGAGCGGAGCACAGAUGUGGCGGAACUGGAGAUGUUGCGCCAGCGAGAGAUGGCGGAAAAGAAGACUCGAGCCCUUCAGCGAGGCAACAGGCAUUCUCGAUUUGGGGGCUCCUACAUUGUCCAGGGGUUGAAAUCCAUUGGGGAGAGGGACCUCAUCUUUCACAAAGGUCUCCACAACCUCCAAAACUACAGUUCAGAUUUGGGGAAGCAGCCUCGCAGGGUGCCUAAACGUCGCCAAGCUGCCCGGGAGCUGUCCAUUCAGCGCCGCUCUGCCCUUAAUGUGAGACUGUUCCUCAGAGACUUUUGCUCUGAGUUCCUGGAGAAUUGUUAUAACCGGCUCAUGGGCUCGGUGAAGGAUUACCUGCUACGGGAGAAGGCUCAGCAACAUGAUGAGACCUACUACAUGUGGGCCUUGGCUUUCUUCAUGGCCUUCAACCGAGCUGCCUCCUUCCAACCAGGCCUGGUUUCUGAGACCCUCAGUGUCCGUACCUUCCACUUCAUUGAGCAGAACCUCACCAAUUACUAUGAGAUGAUGCUGACUGAUCGCAAGGAAGCUGCCUCCUGGGCACGUCGGAUGCACCUGGCCCUGAAGGCCUAUCAGGAGCUGUUAGCCACAGUGAAUGAGAUGGACAUGUCCCCAGAUGAGGCUGUGAGGGAUAGCAGCCGCAUCAUCAAGAACAACAUCUUCUAUGUGAUGGAGUACCGAGAACUGUUCCUGGCUCUCUUUCGAAAGUUUGAUGAGAGAUGCCAGCCGCGCUCUUUCCUUCGUGACCUGAUAGAAACCACCCACCUCUUCCUCAAGAUGUUAGAGCGGUUCUGUCGGAGCCGUGGGAACCUGGUGGUACAGAACAAACAAAAGAAGAGAAAGAAGAAAAAGAAGACCGUAGGUCAGCCUGUUGCUUCUGAUCACGUCCCCUAUAGUGCAGGUGAACUAGAGGCUGUGUGGCCGUCCCUGGCUGAGCAGCUACGAUGCUGUGCCCAGGAUCCCGACCUCAGCUUGGACUCUGUGGUUCCCUUUGAUGCGGCCUCAGAAGUGCCAGUAGAAGAGCAGCGGGCGGAAGCCAUGGUGCGGAUCCAGGACUGUCUCCUGGCUGGCCAGGCCUCACAGGCCCUGACCCUCCUUAGGUCUGCCCGGGAGGUAUGGCCAGAAGGAGAUGUGUUUGGCUCACAAGACAUUUCUGUAGAGGAAGAGAUCCAGCUGCUGAAACAAAUCAUCAGUGCCCCGCUUCCCCGGCAGCAGGGGCCAGAGGAACGAAAGGCAGAAGAAGAAGAGGAAGAAGAGGGGGAGGAGGAGGAGGAGGAGGAGGAGAAAGAGUUGCAAGAGGUCCAGGUGUCAGAGAAAGAAUUUAACUUUCUGGACUACCUGAAACGUUUUGCAAGCUCAACUGUUGUGCGAGCCUAUGUGGUGCUGCUGAGGAGCUACCGACAGAACAGUGCCCACACUAACCACUGCGUUGUCAAGAUGCUGCACCGAUUGGCCCAUGACCUCAAGAUGGAAGCCCUCCUUUUCCAGCUUUCACUCUUCUGCCUCUUCAACCGUCUGCUUAGUGACCCGGCUGCCGGGGCCUACAAAGAGCUGGUGACUUUUGCCAGGUACAUCCUGGGCAAGUUCUUUGCAUUGGCUGCAGUCAAUCCAAAAGCCUUUGUGGAGCUACUGUUUUGGAAGAACACAGCUGUGGUUCGAGAGAUGGCUGAGGGCUAUGGCUCUCUGGAUGGCGGAUCUUCCAGUCGCAAACCCCCUACGUGGAGCCCAGAGGAGGAGGCCCAGCUUCAGGAAUUGUACCUUGCCCAUAGGGAUGUGGAAGGUCAAGAUGUGAUAGACAUCAUCUUGGCACACCUGAAAACCCCUCGAACACGCAAGCAGGUCACCCACCAUCUGGUACGGCUGGGCCUGGCUGACAGUGUCAAGGACUUCCCGAGGAAAGGAACCCAAAUUGUACUGUGGACAGAAGAACAGGAGCUAGAGCUGCAGCGGCUUUUUGAGGAGUUCCAGGAUUCAGAUGAUGUGCUAGGUCAUAUCAUGAAGAAUAUCACAGCCAAACGCUCACGGGCACGAAUAGUGGAUAAGCUGCUGGCUCUGGGACUGGUGGCCGAGCGGCGGGAGCUAUAUAAGAAACGGCGGAGGAAGUCCGUGCCCUCAGGCUCGCCUCCUGGGGAGGAGUCCCCGCAAGAUUUUGGCCAGGAAGAUCUGGUAGAAGAAGAAGAAAACCCGCCAGAGGAAGAGAGUGAUGAGGAUGCAGAGAAAGAUGAGAACUCGGAAGCAGAGCAAGCCCAGGGUAGCUCAGGCCUUUCAACUGAAACCCUUGGGCAGAGCCUGUAUCAGGAAGGCUUUUCUGCUCCCCUUCUGUGGCUCCAGAACUGCCUGAUUCGAGUAGCAGACGAUCGAGAAGAGGAUGGCUGCUCCCAGGCAGUCCCUUUGGUGCCACUGACGGAAGAAACCGAGGAAGCCAUGGAGAAUGAGCAGUUUCAGCAGCUGUUGCGCAAGCUAGGGGUUCGGCCUCCUGCCUCUGGGCAGGAAACUUUCUGGAGAAUUCCAGCCAAGCUGAGUCCUACCCAGCUCCGGAGAGUAGCAGCUUCUUUGAGUCAGCCAAAGGAGGAGGGAGAACUUCAGCCAGGACUAGAACCUAGAGUCCCCAGGGAGCACAGCCCUGAAGAGGAGCACCAAAAGGAGCACCAAAAGGAGCACCAGGCACAAGCCCUGAGGGCCCUCUUAUUAGCCCGAAAAAAGAAAGCCAGCCUGGUGUCCACAGGGGAUAAGACCACUUACCUGUUGGGGGAAGGGGCUGCUGGUGAGAAAGAACAGCUGAAAAUGGCAUCCAGGAAGCGACAACUACUAGACAGUGAUGAAGAACAGGAGGAAGAUGAGGGUAGGAGCCAAGCACCAGAGUCAAGAACUCCAAAAAUCCAAAAGAAGAAACGGUUUCAGAUUGAGGAUGAAGAUGACAGCAACUGAAGAACCAGAAGCUUCAGAGUGGGAGUAGACCAUUUUUAGGUGGUGAAUUUAAGUCAGAGUUCAGAGGGUCACAGAGGACCCAGAAACUCCUUUUACCAGACAGAAGCAAUAGAGUCCUGGGCUUCCCCAUGGAUCUGGGAUUUAGGAAGUUCAGGCAACAGCGUUGGACCUCUGCAGUCACUCCUUGCUUCUCCCGGUUUUAGGAGUAUGCCUCAGUAGCUCUCUGGAGACUUCCUCCUCUUCUAGGAUCUGUUUCUUUGGGUUAGUAGCACCCUUUAGCAAAUGGGAGAAGUAAGUGACAUAUAGAAGCACUUUGGACCCCUUUUGGCUUUCUGCUAGAGGUGGGUCACAGCACCAGAUGGGGAGCUCUGUGACAUGGUGGGUGGGUGUGUUGCACCAUUUUAAAAAGGCGCCAAAUGAUCCUGUCCUUGUUUUUUUCCUGUGAUCCUCCCUAGACAUCAGAUUGAACCUAAUUCCUGCAGCUGAGGUAGGGUUAGGGUGCAGUACCCUCUAGAUGGUGAAUGUAUUUGGUUUGUGUUUGGUAUUAAAUGUGUAAAAUUAAAAGUUGCAAAAGGUUAA